AAACACAUCCAGUUCCUCUGCCACAGUUUUACUUGCUUAAUGAUAAAAUGCAACAGCCAUUUUAAGUCCUUUUAAUAUUUUCAACCAGAGCAUUUUAAACUUUUAAAGUAAUUUCCAGUUAUUUUUUCACAUCAGGUAAUGGCAAACUGCAUUUGACCUUGGACUGGCAGCAUUUGGGAUUGCCCACAGAACUGAUUCACUGCUUUGCUUCAGAAUUUUCUGACACAAUGGUUUCAGCCUUGCAGGAGCAUUUUUUGCUCGCUCCACUCCUCAUGGGGAUGCUGGGAGCAGCGCAGUACCUGAUGCAGGAUGCAGCUCUGCUGAGCUACAUGGACCAGCGCUUCCUGAACCUGGAGAAGAGGAUGGAAAAAUGCAACCAAGACGUSCUGGGAUACGUGGAGGAAUUCCGAGACUUCUCAAAGACGGUGCUGUCCCGCCUGGCAGGACUGAACUCUGCUAAGGCUGAGCUUAAGAGGGAAGUAGAGAAUUUGCUCACGAGGCUUGAGCACGCACAGAGGGACAUKGAGUAUUUGGGAUCUGUCACAGAUUCCAACGCCUGCGUGGAAGUGCACGAAGGGCUGGUGGAACAGCAGCUCCUGGAAGAGGCAGAAGAGAAAAAGAGACUUAAACUCAUGCUGAAUGCAAGUUGUGACCAUGUGCUUGCAGGUAUUAAGUCCCUGAAGAUAGUUAAGAAAACUGGAGAAAAGCACGGCUCUUGGAUGAAGGAUCCUGGCAAAAAGCACGCCAAGAUUUAUUUAUUGAGCGGCUCUGUAAAUAACGUUGUGCUGGAAUUUUCAAGCAUCAUGGCAUUCAUGGARAACAAUCAGACCCUGAAGGCUCGCAGGGUGCCCUUGCCAUGGCCCUGGGAAGGAACUGGCCACGCCAUCUACCAGGGCUUCCUCUUCUACCACAGGCACGGCUCCUUGAACGAGAUCAUUAAAUUCAACAUCCUGAGAAGAAACAUCGCCGGCCAAAUGCUGCUGCCAGGGGCUGGGAGGAUUCCUGYCUACCAGCUUUCUCCACAAACCAAAAUCGACCUGGCUGUGGAUGAGCAGGGGCUGUGGGCGCUGCAUGCAGAGCCAGAGAUUGGAGCGAACAUCGUGGUGACCAAAAUUGAUGUGGCCAGCAUGGCUGUGGAGCACAGCUGGGACAGCCCCUGCAGCAGCAGGGAUGCUGAGGCAGCYUUCAUGGCCUGCAACACSCUGCACGUGGUGUACAACUCUCCUKCUGGAGGCAGCUCCCACAUCCAGUGCGUUUAUGAUGUUCUGGGUGCUGCCAGUGCUUACAGCAGCCCAGGGAUGCGUUUGCCAAAGCGCCAGGGAAGUCAUUCUGCUGUGCACUACAACCCCAAAGAACAGCAGCUCUUCGCCUGGGGUGAUGGCUCCCAGAUCCUUUACAAGCUUCACAUGGAAAAAAAGGUUUAGAAUCUUCAGCAGCUUUUCAAAUAGACUUAAAACCAACGGUCCCAGGUCAACACAGCCAUUAAUGUUCAUGAAAAUUGCAUUAUUCCCAUCUGUUACAAUUUUCAUCUGUUUUGCAUAACUUAAGGCUUACACACCCCAGUAAUAUUAAAYUAAUGUCUAAUAAAGAAUAUGUGAAGACUCCAUUAAUAUAAAGUACAUGAUGACUAAAUAUCACACAUGUACAACCCCCUCACGCACACAAAGUCUAAAGUUAAUUUAAAAAAAUAAUCAAAUAAGAGACAGAUUCUCCUCCUAUUUAAACUGUGUGUUUUGCUUUGGUGCCAUAGAAAUCAAAUCAGAAAUCCUUCCUGUCUCCAGCACAGUCUGACAACCCUCACAACUCUGAAGAUCACUGCASAAAACCUUCUAGUGAGCAAUAUAAAAUCAUAGUUUUCCAGAGAAAUUAGCUGUGAGAUUGAACAGGAGGGGUUCAUUGCAUCACAAAGAGUAGGAAUACACACCCUCACAAACACAGUUUAUUUAACAUAAAACUCUCACAUAUCACAUCAAGGCUGUUCCUAAUCAUGGGACURCCAGAGUAUUUCCAUGAAAAUCCCACAUUUCUUACCCCCAUAGCUGUGCAGACCACUGUUGAUCCUGCCAGUACAUUAGCUGCAGCCAAAUAUUCAUUUUUAUCAGCUUUUAGUUGCCACUUUUCAAUAUUUUUUGAGCAUGUCACAGUGUGUCAGAAGGAAUGUUCCCAGAUGAACUGUUCUGUGUCAUACAUUACCUUUAAAGAUUUUGUCAGUCUUUGGUGUUUUUCUUAUUAGUCCUCUUCCAUCAUUUUUCCCAAUGCUUCAAGUCACUUCCAUUUCUGCUAAAGCAGAACUUUUCUCACCCUAUCCUCCAGCUCAGGAAAACACCUGUACAGGAAAGGUGGCUCAGAUGAGGACAAUGGUGCAUGUGAGGGCAUGACACUGCUCAAUCCUGGGUGUGUGAGUCACAGACAAACUCCAUGUACUUUUGUUUCCAAAAUAAUGUUAAAAAUGUUAAAUAAUGUUAAAAAAAAAAAAGGCCUUUAGUGCGAAAUACAGGUACUGACUGUAUUUUUUUCAAUUAUUUUAAUGACAGCUGCAUUUCUGUUUAACAGCAAACAAACAAACACACCAAAAAAAUCCCCCCCAGAAAAACCACAAAUAAUGGUACUUGAAAAGCAAUCCACAGCUGUUUGUACAGARAGCCCAUUUUGUUCAUUACACUGAAAGAGCUGUUGUUCUGUUUAAAAAUAGCAUCCACAGARCAGCCAAACAUCAGGGAAUGAUUGUGAAAAGGAGUUGCAGAACACGAUUAAGAGAGUAUAGACUGCUGAGCUGCAACAGUGACACUGUCUGUUUGUAAAAUAAACUCUAUCAUUCUYAGCAGCCUCAGUGACCAGAGCUUUAUUUCUGUCUUGCAGCAGCCACAGGAUGCACAGCUAAAGACAUCCUCAGGCUGGAGGGAAGGUGGGCUGGCACUGCUUUCCUGUGUGAUCCUGGGUUAAAGGCCUUUCCAACAAAUGCAAAAUGGAAUCAGCCACCUUUGGGAUGCYUUGAGAGCUUUCACUGAAAAGGUUGUGUGGGUUUCCUUAUUUAAGAAAUCAAGGCUUUGGGUGUAAAUAUG